AUGUCUUACCACGCCGCGCUCUCCCACGACGGUUACACCUACACCAAGCACGACGGCUUGGUCCAGGGUCUUCGGACUUACGGUUUCAUACAGCCGCAGAGCAAAAUAGGUGAUACUGAAGCCGGUAAAGUAUGGGACGCAAUUGUUAUUGGCGCUGGGUACACUGGCUUAAUUGCCGCCCGUGACCUUGUCAAGGCCGGUAAUAAAGUUCUUCUUUUGGAAGCUCGUGACCGUGUCGGUGGUCGUACCUGGUCCGCAGAGGUCGAUGGGACAACAUAUGAGAUGGGUGGAACCUGGGUUUCGCACGUCCACGGUCGCCUUUUUGCUGAGAUGCAGCGCUACGGUCUGCAGGACCAUGUGCAAAUGACCCGCACCGAUGAUGGAGGCUGUUCAUACUUCACUCUCGAUACCGGCUCCGGUUCACGAAAGCUCUCCCUUGAAAGCGCUGGUGAGAUGACCCAGCGGGCCUGGAAGCUCUUCAUGAACUAUGAUGGUCUCGAUGGUAGGAAAUUAUGUCCUCUUCCCUACUCCACUCUCGGCAACUCUCGUGUCUCUUUCGAACAGGUCCAGGCUGUAGACCAGAUGUCCUGCCGUGAUCGAAUCAACCAGAUAAAGGACGAGCUAUCCGCUGAUGAGCUCGCCCUCCUUGAGUCUUUGAUCCCCCACAUGUGCGCCGGUUCCGUCGAGGAUGUCGGUUAUCUUGAGAUGCUCCGCGCUCAGGCUCUUCAAGGAUUCAGUCCUGAGACCUUCGAGGAAGUCUGGACUCUUUACAAGAUCCGAGACGGCCAAUCCGCCCUUGCUCGUCGUAUAUUUGAUGAUGCUGUUCGCCUCGGCCUGCGAUACUCUUUCAAGACACCCAUCAAAUCUAUUGUUGACCGCCAUGGUGUUGUUUCUGUUGGUACCACUGCUGCGAAGGAGUUCCGUGCUCGUCGUGUUGUGAACACUAUCCCUCUUACCGUUCUGCACACUAUCCACUUCGAUCCACCCCUUUCACCCCUGCGCCAAGAGGCCAUGCGCGUUGGCCAUCUUAACUACUUGACCAAGGUUCACGCCGAGGUAGAGGGAGACCUACGCGGCCUCCGUGGCUGCACAUGGCCUGGUGAUCUCCUUUAUGUAUAUGGUGAUGGCUUCUGUGCUGGUAAUCAGUCCACCCGUAUCACUUCCUUCGCUGGUGACAACCGAGGCAAGCUUGACCCUAUCAAGGAGCCCGAGCGUCUUGAAGCCGCUCUACAGCGCUUCCACCCCAUGAAGAUCAAGAAGCUGCUUUUCCAUGACUGGAUAUCCGACCCUUACUCUCAGGCUGGCCCCGCGUGGUACCGCACUGGCUACCUUACCAAGUAUCUAGCUGAGUUGCAGAAGCGUCACGGAAAUGUUUUCAUGGCUAACGCCGAUUGGGCCUCUGGUUGGCGCGCCUUCAUCGAGGGUGCCAUGGAGCAGGGUGCACUGGCUGCUGACACUGUUAUGAACGAAAUUGGGAUUCUUGGUGCUAACUCGCCUAAUGAUCCUGAACAUGACGCUCGUCUGUGA